AUGGCAAGGCGAGACAAGAGACAAUUGCUCCUCAGCGGGCGCUGGGCAGUUGUCUCAAAGCCAGUUCGGGUUUUGCGGACCCUCGCCCCGGCAGGACAAUACCAGGCACCGCGCGUGCGCGCGCAAGGAACAGCGCAUCGCACCUUCACGGCAGUGAUCAACAACAACUACAACGGGCGUCCCAGCGGCCGUAGAUGCCCAAUACUCAGACCUGAGCCCACGGGCAACGGAGAAAACAGCCACGGCCGAGAAGAUGCCCGACGCGCAUAG